UUUCCGCUGACAGGUUGCGUAGUGCGCAUGCGCUGUGCUCAGCCUUAGCGAACAUGGCGGCGCUGCUCCGAGGUCGCUGGAUUCUGAAGAACCCCAGAGGACACAGUCUGUAUCAGUUACUCUCCGCCCGGGCAGCCUCUGGUCCCUCUCAGGAUGUGCUCCCUGGACCGUAUCCUCACACCGCUGAAGAACGAGCCGCUGCUGCAAAGAAAUAUAACAUGACACUGGAGGACUAUCAGCCACACCCUAAUGAUGGACACGGCUAUGGCGAUUACCCAAUUCUGCCGGACCGCUCUCAGCAGGAGCGAGAUCCCUGGUACCAGUGGGACCAUCCAGACCUGCGGAGGAACUGGGGGGAGCCGAUCCACUAUGACUUUGACAUGUACAUCAGGAACAGAGUGGACACGUCCCCGAGCCCUGUCGACUGGGCCACCAUGUGCAAGCGCUUCUUCGGCUUCUUCACCUUCAUGAUGGUCAUGUUUGGUCUGGGGGAGGUGUUCCCCGCCUACCAACCUGUAGCCCCAAAGCAGUAUCCCUACAAUAACCUGUACUUGGAACAUGGUGGAGAUCCGGAGAAGCAGCCAGAAGCUGUUAAACAUUACGAGAUCUAAGAUGUUAUUCUGUGUGUUUUACUUCUGUUUAUGUGUUAAAUAAACUUAAACUUUAAACUUU